AUGUCGACAACUCAGACGCAGCCUGUAGAGGCGUACGAAUUUACUACUGAAGAGCAAGAGACUGAGCCUGAGCCCGACCGCCUUGACAAAGGAGCCUAUCUGAGAAUCUUUACCGCUUGCUUCUCCUUCUUCGUCGCCGGCAUCAAUGAUGGCAGCUUGGGAGCUUUAAUUCCGUACAUGAUUCGAGACUAUCAAAUCACGACUGCCAUUGUAUCUGUCAUAUAUGGCGCAACCUUUCUAGGAUGGGUCUUUGCGGCAGUCACAAACACACACCUGUGUCAAUUCCUCGGUCUCGGAUCGAUGCUUGCCCUGGGAGCUGUCAGUCAACUUAUUGGUCAUGUACUCCGCACUUGGAAGCCUCCAUUUCCCCUCAUGGUUGUCACAUUCUGGUUUACUGCCAUUGGACAAGCCUUUAACGAUACUCACGCCAAUACAUUCGUGGCCAAGACCAAAGGAGCAUACCGUUGGUUAGCCAUUAUUCACGCCUCAUACAUGGGAGGUUGUCUUGUUGGACCUUUUGUCGCUACUGGGAUUGCUUCAAGACAGACUUCCAAGUGGUACUUCUUUUACCUGUUCGCAGUGGGCGUCAGUGCGAUCAAUAUCUUGUUGGUAUGUUGGGCAUUCCGUGAUACGUUGGUCAUCAGUCGGAAAACACAGUCAGAAGCUCCUUCAAGGAAUAAGGAUGCUCUUCAACUGAUCAAGUCAACGCUUGGUCAUCGCAGCGUGUGGUUGCUAAGCAUGUUUUACUUCUUUUACGUUGGAUCUCAAAUCACCAUCAACGGUUGGGUAGUCGAGUACCUCGUUCAAGUUCGUGAUGGAAACUUGGCACAGAUGGGAUUCAUUCCAGCAGCCUUCAAUGGUGGUUGUCUUAUCGGGAGGCUUGUCCUGGCUGAGCCAACGUAUCGAUUUGGAGAGCGAAGGAUGGUCUUUUUUUACUGUGUAGUUGCAAUUGGUUUGCAGCUCGUCUUUUGGCUGGUACCCAAUAUCAUCGCCGCUGCUGUUGCUGUUAGCUUUCUUGGAUUUGUCACUGGACCAUUGUUUGCAACCGGCAUCUCACUCGGCACGAAACUCUUUCCUCACGAGAACCAUGCAACAGCCUUGGGUUAUGUGUUUGUAUUCGCACAAAUGGGAGGAGCUUUCUUCCCAAUUGUGACAGGCGUUGUAGCCUCUCAAGUUGGUGUCAAGGUUCUCCAACCAUUCCUAGUGGGCAUUCUAUCUGGUGUGACCAUCAGCUGGCUUCUUAUCCCUCAGCCCAAGUCACUUCCAAGUGCCACUCUUCAUCAGGAGUAG